CCCAUGUCCAGAAAGGAGUUGUUCCACCUUCGCCUCUUUCGUAAGGAUUAUGCCCAGGCCGGUUGCAUACGUAGCUCAACAGGAGGACUUAAUUUUGGAACACUGGGAUCUUCCACUGCUACAGCAACUACGUCAGCUCCUUCAGUGGGCUUUGGGAGUGGACUUUUUGGAUCAAAAUCAACCACUGGGUUUACACUAGGAGGUACCAGUACAGCAGGAACGGCAACAACUAUUGCUACAGGAUUGACACUAGGUGCUCCUGCUACCACAUCAGCAGCUACCACAGGCUUUAGUUUAGGCUUCAACAAACCUGCAGGUUCAGCUACGCCAUUUGCUUUGCCUAUUACUUCUACCUCAGCAAGUGGCCUCUCGCUAUCAUCUGCUCUUACAUCGACUCCUGCAGCAGGUACUACUGGCUUUACACUAAAUUUAGGUGGUACAGCUGCUCCAACCACAACUGCUUCCACAGGCCUUUCCUUAGGAGGAGCCUUAGCUGGGUUGGGAGGUUCGCUUUUCCAGAAUACAAGCACAGCAGCAACAGGACUUGGGCAGAAUGCUUUGAGUUUGACUCUGGGGACAACUGCAGCUCCUUCAACUACUGUUAAUGAAGGUCUUGGUGGCAUUGAUUUUAGUAGUUCUUCAGACAAAAAGAAUGACAAAACAGGAACGCGACCAGAGGAUAGCAAAGCGCUAAAGGAUGAAAAUCUACCUCCAGUAAUCUGUCAAGAUGUAGAAAAUCUACAGAAAUUUGUGAAAGAGCAAAAACAAGUUCAGGAAGAAAUUAGUAGAAUGUCCUCUAAAGCAAUGCUUAAAGUACAGGAAGAUAUUAAAGCUUUGAAACAACUUCUGUCUGUAGUUGCCAGUGGAUUACAAAGAAACACUCUUAAUAUUGACAAGCUGAAAAUGGAAACUGCACAGGAGCUGAAGAAUGCAGAAAUAGCACUAAGAACACAGAAAACUCCUCCUGGUCUUCAGCAUGAAAAUACAGCCCCAGCAGACUACUUCAGAAUCUUGGUUGAGCAGUUUGAAGUACAGCUGCAACAAUACAGGCAACAAAUAGAAGAACUGGAAAAUCAUCUUGCUACUCAAGCAAACAAUUCGCACAUAACUCCACAAGAUUUGUCUAUGGCUAUGCAGAAAAUCUAUCAAACGUUUGUAGCUUUAGCUGCACAACUUCAAUCAAUACAUGAAAAUGUAAAGAUGCUCAAAGACCAAUACCUGGGCUACAGGAAAACCUUUCUGGGAGAUGCCGUGGAUGUGUUUGAGGCAAGACGAACAGAAGCUAAGAAGUGGCAGAGCGCACCACGUGCUACCAGUGGACCGAUCCCUUUCAGCAACAUACCAAAUGCAGCAGCCGUUGCGAUGGCUGCAACACUUACUCAGCAGCAGCAGCCUGCUACAGGGCCACAGCCAUCUCUGGGAGUUAGUUUUGGAACGCCAUUCGGCUCAGGUAUUGGCACUGGCUUGCAAUCAAGUGGCUUAGGUUCUUCAAGCCUUGGAGGAUUUGGAAGUAGCUCUGCCUUUGGAAGUAGCGCCACAGGCGCAUCAUCAUUUGGAUUUGGAACUACAAGUAAACCAUCAGGAAGUCUAAGUGCAGGCUUUGGCAGCUCGACUACAUCUGGGUUUAACUUCAGCAAUCCUGGCAUCACAGCAUCGGCUGGCCUGACGUUCGGGGUUUCUAAUCCUGCGUCUGCAGGCUUUGGGACAGGCGGGCAACUUAUUCAGCUGAAGAAACCCCCAGCUGGAAACAAGAGAGGGAAAAGAUAGGCCCUCUUUUAG